UGCAGGUUUCAGCCAUGUGGCUCUACCUGGCUGCCCUGCUGGGGCUUUACUUCCUUCGCCGAUGGUACCAGGAGAGACAGACGGUGGAGAACCUGACGGAGAAAUAUGUCUUCAUCACGGGGUGUGACUCUGGCUUUGGAAACCUACUUGCCAGGCAGCUGGAUGCCCAGGGCCUGCGGGUGUUGGCAGCCUGUCUCACGCAGAAGGGGGCAGAGCAGCUGGACCAGGUCACCUCAGAGCGCUUGAAAACCACCAUUCUGGAUGUCUCCAGUACAGAGAGCGUUGCGGCAGCGACGGAGUGGGUGAAAGAACAAGUGGGGAACAAAGGUAGCUUUUUGUUGUGUUGUUUCCAUGCUCUGGAUCAGGCCAGGGAUUAUCUGUAUCAUCAUCUGCUUAUCUUUACUCCACUUUCCCACAAAAUGUAGCCAGAGCGACUCCCAAUAUAUCAAAACGAAAAAGUAUGACCAUUUUAAAAAGUAUUAGAAACAACUAAAAUCAAUAAGGCAAUGAAUGGGGAAGGAAUUCCAUGGGGUCACCUUAAUUCAGCCUCUGUCAAGAGCUACUAGGAUUGCCAAAUAACCUGAAAGAUUAUUGCUUUGUGCCUUUGACAGCAGCUUGUUCUGUGAAGUCACACAGUGAAACUUCAUUUUGUAUGAAGAUACAUGUUCCUAUCUGAUAAUGUCUACAGAUACAAGAGAGCAUAAUCAAUGCUGCAAGAUUUUAAUCUUAAUUUUAAAAAAUUAAUUAAAUUUUUUAAAUUUAAAUUUAAAUUGGCAAGCAGUUGCAGAACCUCAAACUGAUUAGCCAGUGCCUCUGGAUGGAUCAGGCCAGGGAUUUUCUGUAUCAUCUGUAUCUGUAAUGAGUAUGAGUUACUCGUAUGUAAACUGAUGCCUCUCUAGGCUGAUUUGCCUUGUUAAACCUUUCUGACUGCACAGCCCUUUCUAAUCGUGACUGCCUCAGUCGCUGGCAGAAUCCGUCAGUGGGUGUUUCUUGAACCUCUUCCAACAUAAAAGUUGUUUGACACCCAGUCUCCUCCUCCUCUCAUUGCGCGGGAGUCUUCUGCGCAGGGAGGGCAUGGGUAGCGGAGGACCUGUCCCCUCCUCACUGAGGUCCAGUGAAGAGUCCUGGAGCCCUCUCUCCGAUUCCCCCAUCUGCCCCCCUUUAUCCCUGGUGUUGCGCUUAAAUGCUUCCCCCUCUACUGAGCUGUUUCUCCCCUGCUGCUGGGUCCUUCGCCAGCAUCCUCUAGGAGCCCCCCUCCGCCUCUCGCUCCGAUGUCAGUUCCCUGACAUCCACCUCCCCCCCAGAACCCCCUCCACCCCUGGACCGACCUGUGGGAUCAACUUCGUCCUCUUCGUCGGCCGACGAGGCGGGGAACCCCCGGAAGGAACUGUAACCAUCUUCUGUGGAUUUGAAACCCGCUUACCACCCGCUCUUACACCUGCCAACGGGGUGGUCCUCCCAGUCUGAUUCUUCUUCCUCCGAAACCUCUCCUCCCUCCUCCUCGGAGUCAGAAAAUCCCUCAAAAACCUCUUCAUCAUCUGUGGUUCCAAAUUGCUCCUCCCAGAAUUUCUCCAGGGGUUUGGGUUUGUCCGGGUUUGUCCGGGAACCGGCGGUGGAAUACCUCCACCAGAUACCCAUCCUCGAAGGCUUCCAUGGGAACCCGUGUGUUUUCGGACCCGGGUUCCCCCUCCCAAGCUACCAAGUACUCCACCUGGCGCCCUCGCCACCUUGAGUCCAGUAUUUCCGUGGCCCUGUGAUGGUGUUCCCUUUCUUCUACCUGCGGGUGUGUGGUGACUUCUCCCUCUUGCCCCUGGAAUCCCGCCCCUCCCUAUGCGGUGAGAGCAGGGACCUGUGGAAAACCGGGUGUAUUUUCAUGCUAUCAGGCAACUUGAGCUUAAAUGCCACGGGAUUUACUUGCUGUGUUACCUCAAAAGGUCCCAGCCGUCUGGGCUGCAACUUCUUGCACCCCCCUUUGAAAGGUAGCCCUUGGGUGGACAACCACACCCGGUCCCCCACCCGUAUGGUCUCCCUUCCUGCGGUGCUUGUCUGCCUGCCUCUUGUAAGUUUCCUUGGCCCGCUCCAAGUUCAUCUUAAGUUGCUGGUGCAGGGCCUCCAUUUCUUCCAGAAACUGCUCUGCCGCGGGUACGCUCCAGGUUUCCUCCCCACUCCCCGGGAAGGCCCUGGGAUGACACCCAUGGUUGGCCAUGAAUGAACUCAUUCCCGUGGACACGUGUUCCGCGUUGUUGUACGCGAAUUCAGCCAGCGCCAGUUUUUCUACCCAAUCGUUCUGCCUCUCGCUGACGUAGCAGCGUAGGUAUUGCUGGAGUAUACUGUUCGCUCUUUCUGCUUGCCCGUUGGUCUCUGGGUGUCUCGCCGUCGAGAAACCCACCUCCACCUGCAGCUCAUGAGCUUCCUCCAGAACCGGGAAGUACCGUAUUUUUCGCUCCAUAGGACGCACUUUUUCCCCUCCAAAAAUGAAGGGGAAAUGUGUGUGCGUCCUAUGGAGCGAAUGCAGGCUUUCGCUGAAGCCUGGAGAGCGAGAGGCAUCGGUGCGCACCGACCCCUCUCGCUCUCCAGGCUUCAGGAAGCUAUCCGCAAGCCUUGCAAGCCCGGUGGGAGUUCCCGCGGGCUCACAAGGCUUGCAGGCAGCAGCCUGCAGCCCCGGCGAGUGUCCGCAAGCCUUGCGCGCCCGGCAGGAGGUCCCGCCCAGCGCGCGAGGCUUGGGGCGGCAGCCUGUCGCCCGAGCACGGGGAGCCCUCUGGAGGGCUCCCGUGCUUCGGGCGAGUGUCUGCAAGCCUCGCGCGCCCGGUGGGAGGUCCCGCCGAGCGCGCGAGGCUUGGGGCGGUAGCCUGCAGCCCGAAGCACGCGAGGCUUGGGGCGGCAGCCGCGGGGGGGGGAAAUAAUUUUUUUUAUUCAUUUCCCCCCCAAAAAAACGAGGUGCGUCCUAUGGACCGGUGCGUCCUAUAGAACGAAAAAUACGGUAAAUUGUUUUCCGCGGUCGGAGAUAACCCUCAAGGGGGUGCCAUGCAGCCGGAAGAUGUGCUCCACAAACAACCGGGCUGUUUCCUCUGCCGUUACAGCAUGUGAGCAAGCUAUAAAAUGGCACAUUUUUGUCAGUAGGUCGACCACUACCAUGACCGCUGUCUUUCCCCGGGACUUGGGCAAAUCUGUCAUAAAAUCAAUGGACACCACCUCCCAGGGUUUUCCCAGCGUGGGUAAGGGUUCCAGUAAUCCUGCGGGGGCAGCCCGCUCCCCCUUUGCCCUUUGGCAGCGGUCGCACCCCCAUACAUAUUCCCGUACAUCCUCCCUCACCCUGGGCCACCAGAACUGCCUGGUCACGAGCAUCAUGGUUUUGUGCUGCCCAAAGUGCCCUGCUGUGGGGUUGUUGUGGAGUUGUUUGAGUACCUUUCCCCUCAGGGUCUCCCCUGGUACGUACAGCGCUCCCCUAUAGUACAGUACCCCUUCCUUCUCCUCAAACCCUUCUUGGGUCCCUCUUCUGUCUCGGAGUUCCUGGAUUUUAGUUUGCGCGAACACAUCAUUUCUGGUCAGCCCGGCUAGUUCUCGUUUCCCCACCAAAGUUCCCCCACACACCCAUCGUUCCUCGGGGAUCACGUGCCGUUUCUCCGGCGACCCCUCUCCUUCCAGGUACUCCGGUUUACGCGAGAGAGCGUCUGCUCUGACGUUUUCCUCUCCGGGCACGUAUCGGAUUUCAAAGAAAAACUUGGAGAACUCCUGUGCCCAUCGAAUCUGUCUCUGGUUGAGUACUCGUGCGGUCCUCCAGUACUCCAAGUUUUUGUGAUCUGUGCAAACCUGGAUCUGUUGUUGCGCCCCUAUCAGUAGAUGAUGCCAACGACGAAAGGCCGCGUAGAUCGCCAGCAGUUCGCGGUCAUAUACGGUAUAGUUUUGCUCCGACUUGCUCAGUUUUCUCGAGAAAAAGGCACACGGUUUCCAUUCCUGCUUGCCCCUCCCUGGCUGCAAAAGGACCGCCCCGAUGGCUCUGUCGGACGCGUCGGUCUCUAGCCUCAGGGGUUUCUCCAGAUCUACGUGCAGGAGUUGCUCUUCCGAUGCGAACGCCUUCUUCAGUUUUUCGAAGGAUUGCUGGGCCUCUUCUGUCCACACAAACUUCUUUUUGCUACUGAGGCAAUCCGUGAUGGGCGCUGUCAAGUGGGCGAAGUUCUUGAUGAACUUCCUGUAGAAGUUGCUGAACCCUAGGAAUCUCUGCACGUCCUUCCGUGUUUUGGGAGCCUUCCACUCCAGCACUGCCUGCACCUUGCUUGGGUCCAUCGCUAAGCCUUUGUCAGACAACUUGUACCCCAGAAACUCGACUUCUCUGGCGUGAAACUGACAUUUUUCCAGCUUGACCCACAACUGGUGCUUCUGCAGCCGUUGUAACACUUCCCUGACGUCUCUAACAUGUUGCUCCUCGUUGUCCGAAUAAAUUAAGACGUCGUCCAAGAAGGCUACGCAGUUCUUGUACAGCAGAGACCCCAACACGUGGUGCAUGAAAGCUUGAAAACAGGCGGAGCCCGACUGUAAUCCAAAAGGCAUAACUAAGUACUCAAAGGCACCUAGGGGUGUGAACAUUGUGGUCUUCCAUUCGUCCCCUCCCUCAUCCUGAUCAAAUUGUAUGCGCCCCUGAGGUCCAGCUUGGUAAAAAUUUUCCCUUUCCUCACUCGCGUUAAAAUGUCGUCAAUCCUGGGCAUAGGGAAGGUCACGGGUUCUGACACCAAAUUGACGGCCCUAUAGUCCACAACGAGCCUGGGUUUAUUUGUGUCCUUUUUGUCCACAAAGAACACCGGACUGCCCCCCACCGCCUUUGAUUCUCUUAUGAAGCCUCUUUUCAGGUUCUUGUCAAUAAAUUCUCGCAACUCCUUCAUCUCCCUGUCCGACAUGGCAUACAGCUUACCCACUGGCAGCUGAGCCCCCGGGAGCAAGUUGAUCUGGCAGUCAAAGGGCCUAUGGGGUGGCAGUCUAUCUGCCUCCUUCUCGCUGAAGACCUCCCGCAGAUCUGCAUAUUGCGGCGGCACCUCUCCCUUCCGCUCCACAGCCAUCCCAGCCACCCUGGCCACGCUCAUCCUUGGGGUUGCUCCUCCUAGACAGUGUUCCAGGCAGUAAGCUGACCCAAAGGUGACUGUCCUCUGAUGCCACGCCACCACUGGAUCAUGUUGUGCUAGCCAGCUCAUCCCUAAUAUUAUUGGGGGCCCUGCUAGUGAGGCGACGUGAAAGGCGAUGGUCUCCAAGUGCCUGGACACUCUCAUUCUCAUUGGUGGGGUCUGGUGUGUCACUUCCCCUCCCCUGCCAUCAAUGGUGGUCACUUGCAAGGGAAAAUCCAAAGGCAGUAAGUGGAGCUGGUGCUCUAAUGCAAAGUCUUUGCUGAAGAAAUUACAUGAGCUGCCUGAAUCCAGCAUCCCUUUCACCUUGACUGGGUGCCCGUUUGGGAGUUCCUAGCACCACUUCGAUGGCUAUUGCCGCCUUGGGGGGGUCUGGUUGGGGCACUUUUACUGGUGGCUGGCCUGGCUGCUGUGCCCCUUGAUUGGCAGCCAAGCGUUCCCGUUUCCCUGUUCCUGUUCCUUUACCACCUCCUCCUCACCCCCUGCGGCUCCCACCAUUCCUUGCCAGGCCUUUCUUUGAGGGCAGGCUCUGGCAAAAUGUCCUGGCCGCUGGCAAAGGAAACACUUCUUGGUGGUUUUCCAAUCCUUUCCCUCCUUUUUGCGCCCUUCGCUGGUGCUUGAAACUUCCCACGCGCGUGCCCCAUCUAUUUCCAUUGGCUCUGCUGGCGGGGAAGGCUGCCUUGGUAUUUCAGGAAUGUGGUAGUCAUGGCAACGUUGCUCUCUCCCUUCCCGCCUCUCCUGGGCCCGCGCUUCCUGCCGCACGCCAAUCGCAAGCACAGCCUUGGUCAGCUGAUCCAUCCCCUGUGGGCGGGGUGGGCGGGAAAGUUCAUCCUUAACCGUUGGGGACAACCCCUCCUCGAAUAACAUUUGUAUGGGUUCAGAGUCCAGUUGCCACCCGAGGCGGUGAACUAUCAUGGCAAAGCGCGACCAGUAGUCCCUAACUGACUGGCUCCCCUGUUUACAGUUCAUCAGUUCCCGCUUUGUCACACUUUUUUGUACAUCACUGGAAAACAUUGCGUCCAUUGCCUGGAAGAAUUUCCUCAGGUCCUGCAUGGCGGCAUUCUGCGUCGCCAUAAGGGGCCUGACCCAUUCCCUGGCCCCGUCCUGCAGGUGACCCACAAUAUAUGCCACCCGCGCUGCGUCGUCUUCAAAAUCGUCAUGCUGCAGUUCCAAUGCGUACUCUAUUUCCAUUCGGAACGCACUAUAUUCCUGCGGCUUCCCCCCAAAUUUGUGCACCAGUCCCAGUACCUUCCUUGCUAUGGGGGUGGGCCUGACCUGUGCAUCUUGAGACCGCCUUUCGUCCAGCCGCGCCGUCAGAAUGGCCACAUGCUGCUCCAACUCUCGGUUCCUCUCCACCAGAGUUUGCCCUCCAGCUGCUCCCUUCUGGGCGCUCGCUUCUCCGGGUUUGCUCAUGAUGCUGCCUGCCUGCUGCUGCGCACGAGCAACUUUCAGGGACUGACGGAUUGCUGUAAUGAGUAUGAGUUACUCGUGCGUAAACUGGUGCCUCUCUAGGCUGAUUUGCCUUGUUAAACCUUUCUGACUGCACAGCCCUUUCUAAUCGUGACUGCCUCAGUCGCUGGCAGAAUCCGUCAGUGGGCGUUUCUUGAACCUCUUCCAACAUAAAAGUUGUUUGACACCCAGUCUCCUCCUCCUCUCACUGCGCGGGAGUCUUCUGCGCAGGGAGGGCGUGGGUAGCGGAGGACCUGUCCCCUCCUCACUGAGGUCCAGUGAAGAGUCCUGGAGCCCUCUCUCCGAGUCCCCCAUCUGCCCCCCUUUAUCCCUGGUGUUGCGCUGAUUUGCUUCCCCCUCUACUGAGCUGUUUCUCCCCCUGCUGCUGGGUCCUUCGCCAGCAUCAUCUAGGAGUCUCCCCUUCGCCUCUCGCUCCGAUGUCAGUUCCCUGACAGUAUCUUUAUUCCACUUUCCCACACAAUGUCGCCAAAGUGACUCCAAAUAUAUCAAAUGAACGAGUAAUAUUCAAAAAACUUAUUAGAAACAAUUAAUCCAAAUAUCCAAAUAUCAGUGAGUAAAAAAAAAGUUUAAAACUAUGCAAUCAGCUUAAUUCAACCUCUAUAAGAAGCUGAUCUGAAAGACAUUUGCUUUGUGCCUUUGACAGCAGCUUAUUCUGUGACAUCAGCAGGUGAAGCUCCUUGUGGUGUGAAGAGAAACAUUGACACCUCAUAAUGUCCACUGAUCAAGCUGCUCUUUAAAGCUCAUAUAUGAAAAGCCGUAAGUGAUGGUACAAAAUGGUAACUUUAACUGACAAGCAGGUGAUGCGGGACUCUGAAUUUUUCCUCCUAAGAGCAGCUGGGAGGAGCUGCAAUCCACACCAGGAAAAUGACUCAGAAGGAGGAGAUAUGUGCUGCCCUUUCUUCAGAAAUGCUGCCUGAUCCAAUCUAAACAUUAAUAUAACUUCUCCAUAGUGGCUGCUGAGACUGAGACAAGAAGGGAGAUUAUUGUACUAUUGUUAAUCAAUGAUAUAAAUCAUUUAUUAAUGAUACAAACCCCUCUUUCUUACUUAUUCCUCUCAUCACCCUCUCAUAAACACCCUCUCAGUGUUCCAUGCAUGCUAUAUUCUACACGUAUUAUGUCUUAUUAAUUUUAUAGCAAAAUCACUCUAAAAUCUCCUAACCAACCUGUGCAAAACGUAGGCCCAAACUACAGACUCCAUUCUCUGACAGCAUGCAGGGAAAUCAGGUGGCUGCUGUGCAAAUUGAUGCCCAGGGCUCCAUACUAUCCUCCACUGCAGUGCUGUGCUCAUUUGACAGAGGGAAAUGACGGAAGUUGCAAGAGUGUCUGUGCAGGGAUCCUAAGCACUAAGUGAGCAAAAGAUGUGUGGGAUAGAAGUUAAGAUGGGUGCCUUGACUUAACAGCGUCAUCCUUGGCAUAUAGUGCAUAGCACACACACACACAGCACACACAAGAAUCAGAUAUACCCACAUUUCCAAAGUAUUGUGUAUAUCCAAUUAUUAGGGCAGGUGGGAACCUGGAACAAUAAGAAUAUUUUUUUCUUCUCACACAGGGCUCUGGGGUUUGGUGAACAAUGCAGCCAUUGCUGCCCCAUCAGCUCCCAGUGAGUGGCUGACCAAAGAUGGCGUUGCAAAGAUGAUCGGUGUCAACUUUCUUGGGAUGAUUGACAUGACGCUACACAUGCUGCCCCUGGUGAGAAGAGCCAGAGGGAGGGUGGUCAACAUGUCCAGUAUAAUGGGACGAUUGGCAUGCUUUGGAGUACCCUAUACCGCAUCCAAGUACAGCGUGGAAGCCUUCUCUGACAUCCUGAGGUAAACAUGAUAGUUCUGUAUCUUCCUCUUUCUCCUUGCUUUAGUGGGAUGUCUGCUUCUCCAGCUAAGUUUCAAGCAGAGGACAGCAAUGAAUAAAGAGCAGGUGCUGGGACAUGUGGACUGCACCAGAGACUUACCAAGUAAUCAGCAGGGGUUUGCACACCUAAGUCAGCUCUUUUUCUUGAGGAAACAAUUUAAUGUACCAGCAAGAGUUGUAAGCACCAACCUCCUGGUGGCUGCCUCUGAAUAUGCCUGAUGCCGGGUCAUAGACAAUGCCCUGGUGCCUCAAGACAGAAGAAGACAGGAAGCUGCAUUUCACCACAUCUCCCUCUCUCCCUUCUUUCUUCUUCUUCUUCUUCUUCUUCUUUAAGGAAAGAUGUUCUAUUCCAUGGACCGCAAAUCAUGAUCUUCCUUAUUAUUCUGGUUCAGUAAGAAGACGUGUUUCUUGAUUUUUCCUCCUCAAUUCAGGCGAGAGAUGCAUCCUUUCGGGGUCCGAGUUAGCGUUAUUGAACCCGGUUGUUUCAAAACACCCAUGCAGUCAAAGACGGUAGAGAGCUACAAGAAUGCAUGGAGCCAAGCCCCUUCUGAGAUCAAGGAAGCCUAUGGGCAGCGCUACUUUGAGCGCAGUGAGUAGAAAUGGGCGGGGGGAAGAAUUCAGUUUGGUUUGCAAUGUGCGAAAGCACACAACUAUUAUAACGGCAAAGCCUGCAAUUAAAGUAUUUGCUAAUAAGUCCCACUGUUGCAGUGGAACACACACACACACAGAGAGAGAGAGAGAGAGAGAGAGAGAGAGAGAGAGAGACCCUGAGACCCACCAGGCUAAAUUGCUGGUUUCCAAAUCCAUAGCUAAACACGCUAUGGCUUAGGGUCCCACUCUCUUGGGGCCCCCAAAAAAAUUUAAAGGAAAAAAACCUAGAUGUACAUUUCCAAAAUAUAAGACAAAAACAAAUCAAAUAAAAUACUUCAAUAAAAUAUUUAUUUUCUUAUGUGCAAAUGGCUUUAGAUACCUGUUAGGUCCAUAAAUUACCAUAUAGCAUAUAUUCAACACAAAAAACAGUGACAAUUGUUGUUGACAAAGGACAGCUGGACAAGAGCCCCAAUAUCUUCAGUAGCCUAGGGCCUCAUCAAACCUCAAUCUGGCCCUGCCCGAGACAGAGACAGAUCCUGGGUUGCCUGCCCCUGAACCCGGCGUAUGGCGACCCUCACCUAGAUACAACUCUCAAGCCCCACUUACAGCCUGAAACACAAUGUCUAAUCCUCUGUUGAAAAAGGUUCCGUCUUAAAGCAACAGAAAAUGCUCCCAAUGCUCCUCCUUAGAUUUAGACCUCCUAGGCAGAGAAAUCCAGAAGCUAACAUAUCUCUUCAGAACCCAAAAUAUUUAGGUUAUCUCCUGCGGAGGUAUAGGGCAGCAUAGAAAUCAAAUCAAUAAAUGCAAAAUAAAUACAUACAUGUUUUUGCAUCACUAAGUUUUCUUUUCUUUCCUAUAUCCCACACACAGGUCUCAAAUUAUUAAAAUUCUGCCACUUCACCGGCAGCAGCAACUUUCAACCGGUCACAGACUCUAUAGAACAUGCCCUGACCUCCUGCUCCCCUCGCAUCCGCUACUGUCCAGGAUGGGAUGCCAAACUCUUAUACGUUCCUCUCUCUUACUUGCCAGUCUCCAUUCUUGACUUCCUGUGGAGAUGCAUUUGGCCCAAACCAGCACAAGCCGUGUAGAAUAUUCUGAAGAAACAUGUCAGUUCUCCAAAUGAACCAAGGAAGUCUUUGCACUAUUAACGAUGUUCCGUUGUUUCUCUUUUCUGAAGUUCUAAACCAGUGGUUCUGAUACUUUUCUUCCCACGGACCACUUGAGAAUUGCUGAAGGUCUUGCUUGACCAUGGUAGGGUGCUCAGUGAUUUUUAAUUGUAGUUUAUUUCUACUUUUAUAUCUUUAUAUAUACAAUGUAUUUUAUUGCAUUACAAUUGGAAUUCUAGAGUAGAAGUCUAUUAAAAUAUUUAUCUGUUGCAAUGU